AUGACCGGCCGACGCGAUUUCCUGUCGCAACCGGCGCCAGAGAACUAUGUGGCUGGCUUGGGACGCGGCGCGACAGGUUUCACGACCCGUUCCGACUUAGGUCCCGCGAGAGAAGGGCCCUCCGAAGACCAGAUCAAGGAGGCUCUGGCCAAGAGAGCUGCCCAGCUAGGCUUCGGCGACGCUGCUGGAGUUAAAAAGAAGGACGACGAGAACGACAACGACGACGCCCGUUACCAAGAUCCCGAUAACGAGGUCGGACUGUUUGCCGGAGGAGUCUACGACAAGGAUGAUGACGAGGCCGAUCGCAUCUAUCGGGAGAUAGACGAGAAGAUGGAUAAACGUCGCAGAGCCAGAAGGGAAGCCCGCGAACAAGCCGAACAAGAGGAAUACGAACGCAAGAACCCAAAGAUUCAACAGCAAUUCGCCGACUUGAAGCGUGGCCUGGAAAGCAUCACCGAGGAAGAAUGGGCUGCCCUGCCCGAGGUUGGGGACCUUACAGGGAAGAACCGGCGGAGCAAGGAAGCGAGACGACAGCGAUUCUACGCCGUGCCCGACAGCGUACUAGCCGCUGCUGGAAGCGCAGGCGAGCUGGGGACCACUGUUGCAGAUGACGGUGGCGCUUCAAAUGGUGCCUCGAAUGGUGCCUCGAGCACCCAGGACGGGACCAUGACCAACUUUGCCAAGAUCGGACAAGCCAGAGACAAGGUGCUCCAGGUCAGGCUUGACCAGGCCUCUCAGAACGGAACCAAUACGACCUCGGGGAGUGCGAGCAGUGUCGAUCCCAAAGGCUACCUGACCAGUCUCGCAAAGUCGCAACUGCCCAACAGUGCUGCCCAGGUCGGUGACAUCAACAGAGUACGGGAGCUUCUCGACUCGGUCACGAAGACCAACCCCACCACAGGCCCUGGCUGGGUCGCUGCGGCUCGUCUGGAAGAGUUCGCCGGAAAGAUAGUGGCUGCACGGAACAUCAUAGCUCGUGGGUGUGAGCAUUGCCCCAAGAGUGAAGACGUGUGGCUUGAGAACAUCCGGAUGAACGACCAGCGUAACGCCAAGAUCAUCGCUGCCAAGGCCAUCCAGAAGAACAACCGUUCGGUGCGCUUGUGGGUUGAGGCGAUGAAGCUUGAGGACGAUGUGCGGUCUAAGAAGCGCGUGAUCCGACACGCACUGGACCACAUCCCCGAAUCGGAGGCUCUCUGGAAAGAAGCUGUCAAUCUGGAAGAAGACCCCGAUGAUGCGAGACUGCUCCUCGCGAAGGCUACCGAGCUCAUCCCACUAUCCGUCGAUCUCUGGCUGGCAUUAGCUCACUUGGAGAACCCAGAGAACGCGCAAAAGGUGUUGAAUAAAGCUCGCAAGCACUGUCCAACAUCUUAUGAAAUCUGGAUAGCGGCUGCGAGAUUGCAGGAGCAGCUGGGUCAGGGCGAAAAGGUCAAUGUCAUGAAGCGUGCCGCACAGGUCUUGGUAAAAGAGGCGGCCAUGCCGAAACGGGACGAAUGGAUAGCGGAAGCAGAGAAGUGCGAACAAGGGGGUGCCAUCAUCACCUGUGGUGCAAUCAUUCGGGAAACCCUUGGCUAUGGCCUGGACGAAGACGACGAUCGAAAGGACACCUGGUUAGAGGAUGCUCGUGGGAGUAUCAACCGGGGUAUGUACGAGACAGCCCGGGCUAUCUACGCAUAUACACUUCGAGUCUUCCCAACGAGCAAAACGGUAUGGUUGGCAGCUGCAGAUCUCGAGAGGAGUCAUGGUUCGAAGGAGGAUCUGUGGCAAGUACUUGAGAAGGCAGUCAAUGCUGUUCCCCGCAGCGAAGUGCUAUGGAUGAUGCUCGCAAAGGAGAAGUGGCAGGCUGGAGAAGUCGACAACGCGCGUCGGGUACUCGCCAGAGCAUUCCAGCAAAACCCCAAUAACGAAGAUAUUUGGCUUGCUGCUGUCAAGCUCGAGGCUGAGAACGGUCAAACCGAGCAAGCGCGUGGGCUAUUGAAGACAGCCCGUCAGGAAGCACCAACUGAUCGAGUGUGGAUGAAGAGUGUUGCUUUCGAGCGUCAGCUAAAUGACCUCGAUGCGGCGCUUGACCUUGCUCAACAAGCCCUGAAUCUCUUCCCGGCCAACGCGAAGCUCUGGAUGAUGAAGGGCCAGAUUUACGAAGACAUGGGCAAGUUGCUGCAGGCGCGUGAAGCAUACGCCACCGGUGUAAAGGCAGUGCCAGGCUCAGUACCGCUUUGGCUUCUCUAUUCUCGCUUGGAGGAGAAGCUCGGUCAGCUGCCCAAAGCUCGUUCAGUCCUCGACCGUGCGCGCUUUGCCGUGCCCAAGUCCGCCGAAUUAUGGUGCGAGUCGAUCCGCCUCGAACGCCGCGCGCAAAACACCAAGCAGGCCGAGUCCCUCAUGGAGCGUGCUCUUCGUGAUGUCCCAAAGCCUGAACAGGGUGUUCUAUGGAGCGAAAAGAUCUGGCAUCUGACGGCUAGGCCCCAGCGGAAGCCUCGUGCGCUAGAAGCCAUUAAGGAGGUCGACAACGACCCCGCGCUGCUCGUUGCUGUCGGACGUAUCUUCUGGGGCGAGCGUAGACUCGAGAAAGCACAAAACUGGUUCGAGAAGGCCCUGGUGCGGGAUUUGGAUCUGGGAGACAGCUGGGCGUGGUACUACAAGUUCCUGCUGGAACACGGAACCGUGGAGAAGAGGGAGGAAGUCAUCAGCAAGUGUGUAAGUGUGGAGCCAAGGCAUGGCGAGGUCUGGCAGUCUAUCGCCAAGGAUCCCAAGAACGCUGGGAAAGGGACGGAGGAGAUACUGAAGCUGGUAACUGCUGAGUUGCGUUAG